AACCAUUGAACGAACUACAUAGAGAAUUGAGUACCCUAAUACGGCAAAACAAUUACCGUUACUUUUAAUUAACAUUAUAAUUUAAAAUGCCAGCCGGUAAGAUUAAGGUUCCAGAUUUUGUUCCCCAACCGUUGUUAAAACAACACGAUGCAUCUGUGUUGGAUUUAGCAUUCGUUAUGGAUUGCACUGGCAGCAUGAGCAGCUGGAUUACCGAAGCCAAACAGAGUAUCCAGAGCAUAGUGGACGAAAUCGUUGCCAAGGAGAUGUCCGAUAUCCGUCUCGCCUUAGUAGAAUACAGGGACCAUCCUCCUCAAGACCGUUCAUUUGUAACACGUGUGUUGGAUUUCACGCCAUCUUUGAAAGAGAUGCAGAAGAAAAUGAAUGGAAUGAGUGCCAGUGGAGCCUCGACAUCAACGAGCAGGAAGAGGAAACUCAGUACCAUUAGAUCGCCAUCACCCGCCAAGAAAGUGGCACGCACCAUUGCCACUGCAAAGAGAAGAGUCAUUUCCAUCGACAAAGAUUGUACUCAGACCAGAUCCAGAUCUGUAUGUCCACGAACAGGCAUCUGUACAGUUUGUCACCCUACGUCAACAUCAUUAUCAUCGGGACGUGGAAAGAAACGUACGUCACUUCCUGUCACCAUGCCCAUACCAACUACUGCCAGAGGUAAAAGAAGGGCGCAUGGAACGAAAAGUCCAGUCAAAACUCCCAGUGUACGAGUUUCUGCGUCUACUUCAACUACGCCGAGUGGGGACGUAGAUUUGGCUAUCGGAAAAGCAGUGUCUAGAAAACAAGUUAGACGUUUAGUCAAGAAGUCUAUCGCCGUGAAUAAACUAAGAAAAAUGUAA